UUCAAAUCUUCUUGAAUUAAGAAUUCAACUUGAAGGGUCUCUUCAUAUCAUUUGGGCCCCAAUUAAAAUGGGCUUUGUGCUCCAUUUGAUUGCAUUUUAAUAGCUAGAAAAAUCAGCACUUGUUUGAUGUAUCUAGACAGCUUUCUUAACAAGGUUCAUAGCUAUUUCUCAUGCAUAUGGACUGAUUUCUUAACCAUAUUCAUUGCUCUCUUUAUCAAUUGGAUCAUGAUUCUUAUUCAUUGGGCUACUAUUUAAUAAUGGGCUCAAAAUAAAGAAUUUAAUAGGACCAGUCCAUUCUUUUCAAAGAAUUAAAUUAAUUGGAUAUGAAAUGUUCUGAAUUAAUUAAGUUAUAUCCGAACAGAUCCAUAUUAAUAUUUUCUCUAAACUUUAUGAGUAGCCCGUUAUACUUGAGUUCGAUCCAAUAGCAUCUAAAAGAGGCCCAAUAAGGUCAAUAGUAGCUCGAUAACGUUUUGAAGAGGCCCAAUGACUAUCAGAACCGGCCCAAUAAUUUUUAGAUGUCAACAAAUGCCCCCUCGAGACUUACUUGAACGUUCAUUUAACGAGAAAAGUAAGUCUUGAACGUGAGUAGGCCCAAAUUAUCUAUUUGAGAGCUUAGUUUACCAAGUUGGCCCAACUAAUCUCUUAGUAGAUUCGGAUAGGAGCAAUUUUAAUGACUUUAGCCAGGACAUCAACUUCCUAGAUCAACCAAUCUCUUAAAGAACUCGACUUCUCUCAGUCCCGUAAACCCCACAAGUUUUUUUUUAAUCAAAUCCCAACUAAAUAAUAAUUCCACCUUUGGCAGCUCUCCUUCCUCCACCGACCCAAUCUCUUGAAUUAAGCAUAUACUCCCAUUGGAGUAUCAAAUUCGGACUCCAAUUGUCCUCGCACUUGAAUUGUACCGAAAUUUGAACUCCCUCAUACUCUAUAAAUAGAACACAUCAGGAAAUUAUUUGUGCCACAGCAAAUUUAAGCAGCAAACAUCAUCGAUCGGGAGAUUAUUUCUCUGAAUCAAGGAGAGCAAAUUUAAGGUAAAUCAUAUACUUUUGAUCUGAUUUUUUUUCUUGUGUCGCAGGUCGAUUAAAAUCAUCUACUCCUCCUUCGCACAAGAGGUCUCACGCUUCUAGCCAAUGAGCAAAAUAGAAUCGGAAGAAAUCAAUGGUGGCUUUCCCAAAACUGCAGAAUGUCGUUGCAGACCGGCAAAUCACCCUUCAUCGAUCUCCAGCUCGGCCUCUGACCGCAGACCUUCUCCGGCGAGCGAUACCAGCAACCCUCCUCAAGCUCAUCUUUCAACCUGCGACGGAAUCAGCAUCUCACAAGUAACCGCGGCCUAGCUAUCAGCAUCUUCCUCUGCUAAACAAACAGAGUAGAGUCGGAAGAAAUUAGUUGCGGCAGUGCAUCAUUAAUUGAUGGCCGUUUUGCUGGAUCGCCGGUGCCGUCGGGAGCUAAUUUGUUGUCGGAGAAGAUGGUGGGAGGCCGAUGCUCUGCUGUUGCUGCAGCCUGCGGAGUUCGCUGAUGCUUUGCCGUUGCGGAUGAAGCUGAUGGCGGUGUUUGUUGCGUUUUUGGCGAGGAUUGAGAAAAGUACGAUCGAUUGCUUGAUGCUACGUGAAGACAACCAAGGGAAUGGGAACCUGGACCGUUUUUAAUAAAUAUCGGGCUUGUCCAGAAUUUAAGCCUUCCCAUUUUUAAAGGCUUGGGCUGUAUUCCACAAGUGGAGCUAUUUAAUAAUAACGAGGCCUGAUUUCUUUGCUACUUGAAGUGAUUUGAACGUGGUGUCACUUGUUGAAGAGGAAGGAGUUAAGCCUAUUGUCGGUUGUCGGUGUUGCUUGGGGCCCUUCGUUGGGUUAGUGGCACCGAUUUAAAGAAUUGAUUCGAUUGCCGGUCAUCGGUGUCGCUUGAGGCCCUUCGUUGGGUUAGUGGCACCGAUCUAAAGAAUUGGUCUGAUUACCGAUCAUCGGUGUCGCUUGGGGCCCUUCGUUGGGUUAGUGGCACCGAUCUAAAGAAUUAGUCUAAUUACCGAUCAUCGGUGUCACUUGGGGCCCUUCGUUGGGCUAGUGGCACCAAUCUAGAGAAUUCGGCUAAUUGCACCUGUUGAAGACUGAGAUGUUGCCGCUACUUUCGACCUUUGUCCAUUCUGAAGGAGCUUGACUAAUUAUUGGCCAGUGUUACUGAUUUCUUUGCUUGUCUAGGCGGAAGAUGAAAUUGCUCGGGCUUGAGAUUGAUUAUUAUUGCUGAGCGGCCCCCUUUUUUGUUUUUCUUUAUUAUUAUUAUUAUUAUUAUCAUUAUUUUAGUUUUUUUAGUAAUAAUAAUAAGAAUAAUGAUUUUUUUUGCAGUCCAAAAUGAUAUAUUUUAGGGACGUAAGGCGUGGAAGCAAAAAGUAUCUCUCUAUAUCAACGAGCAAGAAGAAUGACGAAGAGAUUCUUUUGGAGAUGCACAAGCCAUAUGCUCGUGAGUUUUGGGGUCCAACGGUUGUGUCCUAUCGAGUUACAAACUGGACUCCUGAGUGCGAGUAUCAAGCUCAGACAAUGCGGACUUUAGUAUCUGGCUUUACUCACAUGUCCUCUUCUGAGAUUCUUCCUUCUUUGGGUAGACGCAUCCUUGAUGAAAACGCCCCUUUGACAAAGACCUUAUCAUUUGGUGGUGAGUUUAGAUUCAUCACAGGUUAUUGGGACUGGGCCGAAGAUACUUUGGGCAUGAGUAAAAGCGUUCCAGAGGAAGGGCUUAUUUACGAUGCUGUUUAUGCCUCAUUAUUCACGUAUGACCGAUGUACUAAUGCUAUUCAAGCAUUUUGUGAGGCAUGGUGUCCCACGACGAAUACUUUGCUUACGUCAAUUGGCGAAUUGACAAUCACACUUUGGGACUUGCACGUUAUCAGAGGAUUGCCUAUCAUAGGAGACGCAUAUGAUGAAUCUAUUCCGGGCUCUUCUGAGUUGUUAAAUACGAGCGCUGACCGUUCAUUUCAUCUCUGCAAAUAUUUGUUUCACGCAUAUCAUCAUCUCUUUCCCAAAGCCGGAGAUAAGCGUGUUUUGCGUGUUCAUGCGUGGGUCAAAUUCUGGUUCAGAAAGGCCUCCAAGUAUAUUAUGCCUCCAGUGAGAACAGAAAAGAAACGAACAUCUCGUGCCAAGGCGACCCAUAAUCCGAGCGGGGCUAUUCCAAAAUUUGGAGGAUGGUCGAAUUCUAUAAAGGUAUUAUUCCACGUACUCAAGGUUCCUGCUGAAUAUGAGGAAGAGGUAUAUUUAGCGGCAUUUUUAUCGUGUUGGCUUUGUGCAUUUGUAUUGCCGCAUGAAGGUCCUAGAGUUAUCCGCCCGGAAACAUUCAGAGUUGCUUGUAUGUUGGCUCGAGGGAAACGUGUAUGCCUUGCGGUCCCGGUUCUUGCAAGUGUCUAUCAUGGGCUUAAUCGGAUCUCGAAUGCUCCAGCUCCUGAUCAAGUUAGAACGUGUUUUCCCGUUCACUAUGUCUAUGGAUGGUUGGCAUCAUACUUUGAUACGCAUUUUAAGAAUGAGAUCCAGUCCACAACGCCAUUAAUGAUUUCUUAUUCGGGAGAAAGUGGAGCGAGAUCCCUCGAGAAGAGAAGUGUGCGCAAACGAAUUUUCCAGGGAGAUGUAUCAGCAUGGGUGUGUUCUACACAUCGGAGAAUCAAAGAAUAUUCAUUCUUCGAUGGUAAAAAUCCUCCAGAGGCUGAGUUGGCGCUUUUUAGGAGUCUUCGGUCUAAUUAUCUUGUAUUACGCUACCGGGAUCAUUGCAUUGCUGAGCCUUACACUCCUCACCGCUUUAGUCACCAAUUUGGGUAUUUUCAGGCUUAUGCUUCUGGCUUUCUUGAGAUGCGUAAUCGGAGUGUCACACUUGCUGCUGGCUUUCAGCUUUGGCUACAGUUUGAGCACGGCAUGUCACAAGCUGAAGCGGUAUUUCCGACUCCUCCUACUAUUCCAGCGAAAUUUUAUUCAUUGCAGUAUAAAGAAUGGUGGGGUCAAGUCCAUGGAAGUUAUUUGGAGAAUCAUGUGAGCGACUUGAUCAAGAUUUGCGAUCUUGCGGUUGGUGAUGUGAUCACCCCUUCAGAUCAUGUGACUCCAAUCUCCAAGAAGAAGAAAAUGCCUGAUACUGAAGCUAAGUCUUUGCCUCAGAAAAAGGAUAAGCUUGUAGCACCUAGGGCUGAAGUUUUGAUUAAGGAUGCUGAGAAUGAAAUGUCUCCUGCCAAUGAAAGGCAGAGUAGUGAUGAGAGGAUCUGGAAGCAUUUUAGGAAACCUCAUGUUGGGCCACUGAAGAUUCAUGCAGUGUUUGAUGAUGCUAGUUCCUCGAAUCACGUUUCUUCAUCUAGCUCAAGUGAAGGAGAAAGCACAGAUCAGGACACCGUCGUUAGAUUGAUAGCGGAAACCGGCCCAAGUCAUUGCAAAGAAGUUCCGAUCCAUGAAAUACCCAAGUCUUCUCAUGUGAAACCGGCUGCAUCUGUAUUCCAUGCAGAAGACUACUUCUUUACUUUGUAUAAGCAGUUCAUCAUUAAUACUUGGAGUGGCAUUCAACAAAAGUUAGGACGGGCUACAGCAGAGAACGUCUCAUCUCUUCGGGAGAGUGUUGAGAAUUGUGUUAUCUUGAUGGAGAAGGAGGGCAUUGACCUUUCCAUGCUGAAGACGAGAGUGAAUCAUUUCUUUGAAAGGGCACAAGCAUUUGAUCAGACGUGCUCGACUGUUGCUGAUAAUGUUCCUUCUGAGAAACAAUCUCAGGAAUUGGCUAUGUCGCAGGCUUUUUGUGAAGAUAUUGAAGCUAAGAGAUCUCAAAACCAAGUGGCAUUACUUGAUGAUGAGAAAUCUCUUAAUGAUAUCAAGAAGAAGAUAGCCUUAUUGGAAGCUGAAGCUAAGGAAGUAGAAGUUUCGAUCUCCAAGCGUCGUGUAGAGGCUAGUGACUUAGACGCAUCUCUUACGAAGGCUAAGGAGGAAUCUUCACGAAUUUUGAAGACUAUCAAAGCAUCAGAUGAGGAUCAAUUUGCUUUAAUUACUCAGAAGAAGGAGCUAGAGGCCUUGAAGGAUGACUUAGUUAGCUUUAAAUUGUUUUUAGGCUGAUACUUAGCUUUUAGAUUAGCUUUUAGUCAGCAAACAACUCUUUUCCUUACUUCUUACCAAACUAUAUAUGGAUAUUUGCUUCCUUUGUUGCUUCUCAUGAGUUGAUAUUGCCUUGCUU